AAAGUGCCCUUAAGUGUGCUGACCCAAACCCGAGGUUCCGACAAAUCAGUGGGUUUAAGGGGCCCGUGUGUGUAUGAGUGUUUUGAGAUGUCAUUAAAAUUCUUACAAAAACUGAAAGUGAAAUGAGGAAGACUGAUUGAGCAAUCGAAUAGAAGGGCGAAUGCCAGGAAGACCUAGCGUACAGUAGGGCAGAGAUGCAGCGGGGCAGAGAGAAGAAAAUUCGGGAGAACUCUCCUGAGGGCGAGAGCCACGCUGGGCGAUGUAGUCAAUGUAGGACAUCAACAAACACAGAUAACAGGAAAUGAUCCAUUCCCCGUGGUCACUGAUUCUAAAGGCCCGAACCUCCAAAGUUCAAGGAGUGAGAUGGAUGACUCCACACGAGGGGAGCAGUCACGCCUUUCUUCUUGCCUUAAGAGAAGAGAAGAAAUGAAACUGAAGGACAGUGUCUCCAUCCUCCCCCAGAAGGAAAGCCCCUCUGUCCGCCUCUCCAAAGAUGGAAAGCUGCUGGCCGUGCCCCUGCUGCUGGCCCUGCUGUCCUGCUGCCUCACGGUGGUGUCCUUCUGCCGGGUGGUCGCCCUGCAAACGGAGCUGGGGAGCCUGCGGGAGGAACUGCAGGCGCAGCACGCUGAGCGGCCGCCAGGCCCGCCCCGCGCGGGAGCAGCAGCCCCCCGGGCAGCUGUGCGGCAGGCUGCAGCUGCCACCUCCGCACUGAAAGGCAUCUUUGCACCACCAGCUCUAGGAGAAAGCAACUCCAAUCAAAGCAGCAGGAGUAAGCGUGCCGUUUCGGACUCAGAAGAAACAGUCACCCAAGACUGCUUGCAACUUAUUGCAGACAGUGACACGCCUACUAUACGAAAAGGAGCUUACACGUUUGUUCCGUGGCUUCUCAGCUUUAAAAGAGGAAGAGCCCUAGAAGAAAGAGAAAAUAAAAUAUUGGUCAAAGAAACCGGUUACUUUUUUAUAUAUGGUCAGGUUUUAUACACCGAUAACACCUUUGCCAUGGGACAUCUAAUACAGAGAAAAAAAGUCCAUGUCUUUGGGGAUGAAUUGAGUCUGGUGACUUUGUUCCGAUGUAUUCAAAAUAUGCCUGAAACACUACCCAAUAAUUCCUGUUAUUCAGCUGGCAUUGCAAAGCUGGAAGAAGGAGAUGAACUCCAACUUGCAAUACCACGUGAAGAUGCUAAAAUUUCCCGGGAUGGAGAUGGCACGUUUUUUGGCGCACUGAAACUUCUGUGACCUGCUUACACUUUGUUUGUGGCUAUUUUCCUUCCUUUCUCUGAACCUGUAAGGAGAAAACAUUUAACUGGAAACACCGAAAGGAAAACAAAAGUAGUUACCAUAGCCUUUUCUGUGAGCUAUUUGUUUUGGUUUGCUGAAACUAGACCAAAACAGGAAAUUUAACAGACAACCACAGCCAAAGGGUGUCAUGUGAAUUACAAGAACUAGAGCCCAUUUUAGGAAAGAUAGAAUUAGAAAGACUUUUCAUCGUAAUGCCGUGUCGAACAACUUAGUCAUAGCUUCUUGUCCUGGAGGAAGCACAGGAUUCAAAGGGACGGUACUAAUUUCUUCAAAAAUGGUGUUCCAUUAUAUACAAUGGAACAAGUGCCCACGUCUGUAGGACAUUAAGACAUUUUUAGGAGAUCUCAGGAUUCAUCCUCUAUUUUUAUGUUAAAUAUGUCCCUCUCCUUUUUCAGUUAACAUUGUGGAAAGCAAAAAGAAAAAAUAUUAUAGAAAUCUUGCAUUCUAUACAUGAAAAAGUAAUUAAAAGUUUAAAUUUAAAUACCGUAUUAAACAAUUGGACUCAAAAUAGAAUAUACUAUUUAAGUCCUUUUGGUUUAUUUCAAGUUCGCAAUUUUUAUCUCUAAUAUUAUAUAUUGCCUGAUGAAACACUCCCAGACAUUUUUCACAAGAGGGAAAUAAUUUCUCUCACAUGUCUGCGCUUAUGUGUAUUUUUUAUAGCUGAUUUCAGUUACUUCAGAAAGUUUUAAUGUAGGGUAAUUCCAAUUCAUGCAUAUAAGCAUUAAUUGAAAAGAUAACUAUAAUUGUUCUUAUAUAAAAAUAAAAUCUCCAAUAGAAGUUAAUGAAUACGUUUAUAAUAAUGUAAUAUAAUUUCCCUUUAUUUCCUAUCCUUCUGUUUUAAACUGCUGCUACUGUAGUUCACAUAUCCCAGCCUUUAAAAAAUACUCAUGUUAACAGCUUUACAGAAGUUGAGGUUUAAAGUUCUUGGCAUCCGGAAGUAUGUUAUAUGCCAUGUGCUUGUUAUAAAGAUUACAGUAUGCCAGAAGACACCCUCCUCAUUUUCAUUUCAUAAAGAAUCAUAUUUAAGAAUGCUGUAAUACUUAUCUUUUAUAACAUCAAUUUCCCUUGUUUUGCUUGUCUUUUUGUAAAUGUCAUCAGUUUAAAGAGUUUACUUCGCUAAACAGUUUACUUCCUCAGUUUAAACAGUAGAUGGAAGACUAGACCCCAGUCUACAUUAAUUUUCCCCCAUCUACAUUAGAAUAUUUUUAAAGAUUAAACUUGUCAAAACAAAGAAAAUGAUUUGUAUUUUGUGCCUAAAAUUAAACUUUGUUUAAAAUUCUGGUUUCUAUAA